AUGCUUGGUCUUACCGCCCACCAAGUGGAAAGGUUUGUCAUCAACUACCUGGCCCAACAGAAAGUGUGGGAACUUUACGAACACAACGUGGAAAAGAUCCCCUAUGGCGAAUUGCAUCAAUACUCUGUGGAGACAAAGGACUCCAUCGCCGACUUGAUCCAUUCGUAUCCGCCGAAGCUCAGUACCGACAAGAUUACUCGGGAUGACGCGAAGAAGGCUAUCAAGUAUCUGGAGUCAAGGCGUUUGGACAAGUAUAUCGGGAGUCUUGAAGGCUGGAUGGGAACCAAUACUGGAGGUUUUAUCAAACUCAAUAUUGCUGACCACCUCUUGCAGCAUGCCAUGGACAAGGACGCCAUUCGCAGAGGGCAAAAUGCUGAUUGGAUUAACGAACAGGCGAUUUAUAGUACUGCCACGGCGCGUGCAGAGAAAAUGGCUGCUGCGGCAGAUAAAUCGUGCCUCAUCAAUGAUGCGUUCAUGGGGGUUGUGGCACAAAUUUUUGAUACAUGUGGCCAGACACAAGUUGACGAUGACACGACCAUCAAAGACGGCAUCCAUGUUACGCCUCGCCGAAACAGACUUGUCAGGGGCGGAAUCUUGACGGAUGUGACGGAAAUUGUCACGGUGCCGAUGCUCGAAAGCCUUCAGCCUCCACCGAGUAUCGCAUUUAUGCCUCCUGACGGAUCAGAGGACUCCUCCACGGCACUCGAGAUGGAUCAGACAUCUCAGACUUCAGACGUGCAACCAUCACCAAAAAGUCGAACUUUGACUAAGACGAUUAAGAAAACACAAGGUGCUCGCACUGCGUCGUCAAGUGGUCGCCCAGUGAGCCAAGACCUUCGACGACGGGUUACGUCUUUUCAGGCCUUACAGAAGCUGAUGAAUCCGGAUGGCGGAGAGCUGGGCCAGGGUGACGGACUAUUCGGAACAACAUCUACUGCAGGGUCCGAAGUCACGGCAGCUGUCAGCGAUGGGCUAUCUGCUGGGUAUCAAUCCUUGAGUAGCCGGAGACGGUCCUCGGUGCGAUCUCGGGAGGAGAGUCGAGCCACGCCAGCAAACGAAAACAGUCGCCCAGCUCGACACCAGGUGGUUGACGCUCAUAGUUUCACUACUGCGUCUGAUUCACUUGGGAAAAAUAAUGCUCCUAUUGCUCAAAAUGCUGAAGAACAGACAACUACCAAGAGUGAUCAAAUUCGCGAGGAACUUGACAACAAAUGGGGGCAUUAUCUUCAGCCUGAGCCUAAAGCCUCCGUGGAAAAUGCUCCAGCUGAAGAAUUCGACAAUGACGAGGACUAUAUUCCAGAAGAAAAGUCUACGACAAAGCGAAAAUCGGCAGCGCAAUUGCAAAAGACGCCCACAAAACAGAGGAAGCCAACCGUACAACCAAGCCACCCACGACAACAGCGAUUUCAUGAUGGCAAUUACGGGACGGCAGUAGGCACCAUAAGGCCCCUUGAGCUCAUACCCAUAGAACGACAGCAGUCAGGAGAACGACAGAGAGCUAUCGAUUCACAUAACUUGUUGCGUCCACCUCAGCAAAGCCUUCCUGACACCGCUGGCCGCGUGUCGACGACAGCGACUUCCGCCCAAGGGGAGCCAAGCAAGAGGAAAAGGAACAAGAACACAAUUUUCGGCCUCGAGCGAAACCAAGAACUAGCAAAGCCAGUUGAAGCUUCCGAAAAUGUGGAAUACACGUGGUCGGCGAACGAGGCCGAGUUUGCUGAGGUCGCAAGAAGUGCUCGCUAUGCCUUUGUGGCUGAUCGCAUUGUCGGCAACAACACACCCUGGUCUGCAGACACCAUGGAGGAGCUUAAGAAACUGAAGGAUGCGCACGAUAGACUUGAGCAGUAUUAUCGAGGUUGUACUACACGGGCUGCGAAGAAGAGCAAGUUUGCGGGAUGUGCGAGCUGGGCCCGGUACGCUGGCCGUGCCGAGGCGGCCGAUUUUGCGUUGGAGAUUAGUGGUCUUGACAAGAAUGCGGAGAAGAGUGAUGAGAAUUGA